AUGCAUACUGGAGAAGAAGAAUCUUACGGGUUAGAUGAAACUGAAUCGGUAACACCUAGUAUUAACCUGAUGAGAAACCAACCUCCUGGAGCAGAAAGAAGAAAUGAUAGAGAUGAUUCUGAUACAAAUAGAAAAAUUGCCGAUGCACUACAAAGAAUAGUGGAAAUUGUUCCUGCUAUGACUUCAGUUCCAAUUCAAAGACGGGCCCCGAUAAAAGAAUUGAGAAAGUAUGGUGCCAAUGAAUUUAUGGGUCUGAAAGGAGUCGAUCCAUCUGUAGCUGAAAAUUGGAUGGAGUCGACUAAAAUAAUUUUACGACAAUUAGAUUGUACCCCCCGAGAGUGUUUGAUUUGUGCUGUAUCAUUGUUACAAGAAGAAGCUUACUUAUGGUGGGAAUCAAUGGUUCGACAUUUACCAGAGAAUCUGAUAACUUGGGAUCUAUUUCAGAAAGAAUUUCAAAAGAAAUAUAUCGGAGAAAUGUACAUCGAAGACAAGAAACAAGAGUUUUUGACGUUACAACAGGGUGACAUGUCAGUAAUAGACUAUGAGAGGGAAUUCUCGAGACUCAGUAGAUAUGCCUCAGAGUUUAUUCCAACUGAAGCUGAUAGUUGA